AUGGCUUCGAGUAAUGCUUUGAGUUGUACUUGUAUUCUGUGUUUUCGCAUCAUUGAAAAGGCGCACGAAAGGUAUUUAGUAUCAGGCAAAACGAAAUUUGAUCUGAAAGAGGCUCUUCGACAGUUGCCGUUUGUUAUUUUGGAAUCUUCGCCCUACAUUUGUCGACAGUGUUGUGAUAAACUUCGCAAAAGAAACAACCUUAUUUCUCAAGAAAAAAUCAUUGUAAACGAACUUAAAGAGACUUACGAAAGAGGAAGACUUAAAAGGCGACAAUUAUUUGCAGAAGAAGGGCCCAGUACCAAACGGCCGUGUAUUUUAAGUGCAAAUUCCCCGACUACAUCACAGACAAAAGCUACAGUUGAACGUGGUAGAGUUGAUUCUCCCCCACCUGUAUUACCAGAAGUACCAACUCCGAUUUCACAUUCAACGCCUGUGAAAAGUAUAGCUAAGGAAGCCAGUGAAACAUCAGUAAACGUGACAGUAACAUGGCCAAGUCAGACUAGGCAAAGAGAACUUCACUCUGAUUUACAGUCAUUGGGAAAAAUGCUUGUCCGAGGGACAUACAAGCAGAUCGCAAAUGCGGCGUGGGGAAACCUACAUAUAAGAAAGCAUCUUGUUUUUAAUAUUCUUAAAAACAUUGACAAAGAAUGUGUUGACUUGUGUUCUAAGAAAAAUCCAAGUUGUCUGCGGUCACCCUCAAAAGAGAAAAUGCUCAAUUUUUCCUUAGAGAAUCAAAGAAAGGAAAUGGAAGAAAGGGCACCAUUGCUUUUUUCUAUAUUGGUGGCUGCAGGUUCAACUAGGACCAAAAGAGAGGAAAAGACAUGGACUCCUGCUGUUUGCAUGGCUUCAUCCAUACUUUUAAGAAAUCGGUCACAAUGCAUGAAUGCUAUACAGUUGAUGUUAGGUAUAUUUUUGUACCAUUCCAACUGGGCGGUAAGUGUAAAUAUAUAUAGCCAUUUACCUUGUGACUUUAUAACCACUUCCCAACAUUUCAAGUAUUUGGCACUUCGGGUUAAUACAAGCAGUGUGGCGUAACAGAACCUCCUGAGCCCCUCCCCCCGGGUGGGGGUGGGGGGGGGGAUAUGUGUUUCCAAAUUUCAACAAUUCCUGCUUUUGGGGGCCACCUGUUGCAAAUUUUCUGACCCUCUAAAACUGAGUCUGAGGCUCGGGACAAAUUGCCCAAUUGAUGUGGUCAUUUUUGCCGGGUGCCCCCCAGGUAUGCCCCCCCUGCCUCUGAACACCCAAACACCCUACAGUUAUGACACUGAAUAGAAGACUCUGUCAUAUCCUCUUGUAGCCUGCUCACAGCCUGAAAUUUAGAAGGGGAAAAUUUCCCCCUUCUGAAUUUCAGGCUGUGAGCAGGCUAUAUAUCUUGCUACCCCACUAAACUGUAAUAUGUGUCGCCUACAUUUUGUUUUACUCAGCAGCAUUAUAUACUUGUUUUCCAAAUAAUUUUAAGGGGUUAUUUUACAAUGUCAUGUAAGGAGAAGUUCUUCUGGAUUAAUUGGCUAAUCAAACUAUCUGUUUGAAGUGCCUAUAUCACUUGUGGGACCUUUAUGGAUUUGAAAAGAGUUCAAAAGAUUUUUUUAUUUAGUGCAAUAAUUUCGAAGAUACAGGCCUCCAUAAUACCUACAGUUCCUGAAUCCCAGGCUCGUAUGCACAAUGGACAGUUUGGAAAAAGGCCAAAUUCAAUAGCUGUGUUUAGACCCCAGGAGGCUGGGACUCAGGAACAGUCCGCUUAUAUCCUCAAAACUAUGGCACUAAAUAAAAAAUCUUUUGAACUUAUUAACUAACUUUUUAUGCUCUUUUCAAACCAAUAAAGGUUCUGUGGGACCUUUAUGGAUUUGAUUUUAUACUUUCACAUUUACUUCAUACAGUAAGUUAAUUAGUGCUUUAUUAUUUAAAUUUUUAGCCUGUAAUGUCACGGUUUUCUAGUUACUUCACCCAACCAUCUUUAUAAGAAACUGGAAGAAUAUGGUGUUGACCAUGAUGAAAUUAUAAAAUCGAUGGUGAAAAAUGAUGCUAAAUGGUUGGUGAGUAGAAAAGAAAAAGAUGAUUCAAAUGACACAAGUGCAUCAGUUACUGAUGCUAAACCAUCAGCUGGAUUUAAACUCACUAUUGAUAAUGUGGAUUACACGCAGAAUGUCCAUUACAUGACAGAGGAACACCAAAACAAUGACAAACACUAUGUUUCUAUAAAUGCCACUGUUAAUAGAGUUUCAGCAAAUCACUUGAGUGAUGAGAGUACAGCAAAUGGCAUCAAUCAAAUGGAGAAUGGGAAGUGUAUCCCUAAUCAUUUUGAGCAGAAGGCACAGAGAAAUAAUUAUAUUGCCCUUGUCCAACGUGUAAUUGUAGAACAUGUUCCAUGCCUUGGAUUUGGAAAGGAUCUUUUGGAAAACCACAUCCCACACAUGUACACCAAAGAGACAUCACAACCAACAGAUUCAGUAAGUAUAUUCAAGAAAUAUUUAGGUUUUUUAACUUGGGGUGAGGUGAUACCAGUUUUUUUCGCUUUCAGAACGAUAUCAUACAUGUCCCUUGUUCAAUGCCUUUUAUGAUAUCGGCCCUCAAGUGAUAAAACUGAUAUCACCUCGCCCCUCAUGUGAUAAUCUACACUUAUAGGCAUUUCUUGGGGUAAUAUAUGAGAGUGAAAAUGAUGCGAAUGGGAUAAACAAGAUUUUACAUGACCUUCACAAGUAUGUUCCAUUUGUUGGUGAAGGACAAGAACGCGAAUAUUCCAGCCAACCUAUAGUUGGGGAUCAGCUGACAGUGGAACGAGCUGUUAAUUGCCAUAUGAGCUUGUGCAAUGGGUUCACACCGGAGGAGCGCCUAGAAGGCCUACACUUUGAAAUCGCUGACUGGCAUGCCGGAAACAAAGCCUUAAGUGUAAGUAAUUGAUAUGUAAAUUGCUGUAUUUUACUUUAAUGUCAUGGAGAUGGUAGUCAUAUCAAUAUCAGUUUGUGGGUUUCUGGGACCUUUUGGGUGCAUGGAUUCAUGACCUUCUCUGUACACAUAAUUUUUUUAGUAAAUAUAUCGGUCAGGACUAGGGUUGGGCGAUAUUUCGAUAUUUUGCUUUAUCGCGAUAUUUUCAAUCGCGAUUAUCGUAUCGAAGGUAGAAACUUGAGAGACAAUAUAUCGAAAUUAUCGUCAUGCUCGAUGACUAUCGUGAUAUUUUAUAUAAUCCUAAAAACAUUCUUUCAAUUCCCAGAAAAUAUAGUUUUUAAAAGAAUUAAAACUAUUUCCUGAAUUAAAUAUGAAUUUAAUACGAUACAAAAGCUAAUAUUUAUGUAUUAAUCCACUGUACAAUGAAAUUGCAGGCUUUGCUUGCGCUUGCGCUGUGUGCCCACGGCAUUUGUGCCAGCAGAGACACAGUAGACACUGCGUAGACAGUUCAGGUUUAUGAACAGUAAAUAUUAGACUAGAAAAAACGUUCAUAUUACUUUAAUUUGAUAUUUGUGGUGUUACUCUGAGUGUAUAUCCACACCGGGCGAGCUUGAAAAGUAUGCCCGGCCACGGUGGGAUUUUCAAGCUCGCCCGGUGUGGAUAUACACUCAGAGUAACACCACAAAUAUCAUAUUCACCUGAGUACACUACACCAACACAGAAAAAAAUUCUUACUUUAAUUUGUUGUUUUACUUGUUUUUAAUAAGAAAAAUGUGGUCAUUGUUUUUAUUGCAUUUAUCGCGAUAUUAUCGAAUAUCGUGAUAAUUUCCUUGACAAUAAUCGUGAGAUGAUAUUUUUAAUAUCGCCCCAACCCUAGUCAGGACUAGAGCUGUCAGCACUAGAGCUCCUUACUGUUUUUUUAUGUAAUAUUUUGCUUCAGUUUAAAUUUUUUGAAGAAAUCUUACUUGAAAGAAAAACAUUCCUUUAAUUAAAAAAUCACACUAUUUAUAUUUUUUACAAACACCAUUUCGUAACAAUUUUUCAGUUUCUAGAUUUAAAAGAAAAACAGUAGACAGCCACCUUAAGUGUUAUGGUUUCUGCAAUCUCUUGGUAUGGAAAGGGAAAACAACCAACCAACCAGUUAUUUCAAAGUGAAAUAGGAAACCAAAAAAAUAUUUGGCAUAUAGUAGUGUUAGAGUUGGCCAAACAUUCUCAUGUUGUAUCCCAUUAUGUGUAUCAGUAAUAUUAUACUUCUCAUACAAUUGUAGGUUGCGUUUUCACAUUUGUACAGUGCUGCUUCAGUAGGAGAUAAGUGUACUUUAUACAGUGAUCGUAACCUAAUAAACCGUCGCAAUGUUAAAAAUGAUGUUGAUUCUGCUGUAAAUGCAGCCCGGCGUUUCUUCGUGAUUGAAGUUGAAUCGAGAAUAGUUGCAGCGGCAAUGACUGAACUUGGCAUAGAUGAAUUUGAUUCAACACCAGAGAAUGGUCCAUCAACAGAAAAUUGGACUACUAAAGAAAAGAAAGAUUAUCUGUGCAAGUUAUCAUCCAAAAUCGUUGAUAAAUACAUUGUGGAUGAGGAAAAACACAAGAAGAUUAUUGCAACUGUGGAACACCUUGAGGAGAAGCAGUUGCAACGAUUGAAGGAUAAGACAGCAAACGGCAGAUACAAGUGUAGAUUUCCAGGUUGCGAAAAGACUUUCAGCAAUGAUGGAAAAUGGCGAAUGGUGCAUGAACGAGCUCAUGAUCCUCCUGUCUGCAUCGAGGAGCAGCCAAUGCUAGCUGAGAUCUAUAGCAGUGACAUUGUAGCUGAUGACAUGUACAACUACCAGAGGGCAUUGCUGGAAUAUGGGAUGGUUAUUAUUAACUUCCUGGAUGCAAUUUCCGAAGGUGACGGUGCAAGAGUAAUCAGAAAUUGGAAGUUCCUACUUCUUUACUUCCAGCAUGAUAAAGAGAGCCAGAAAUAUUCCCUUGAAGCUCUUUACCUAAUGUUUCAGGUGUAUGCCCUGCUAAGUCCCAAGGCAGCCCACCAUAUUGUAUGGAAUAGAUUUGCGAAGCGGAAGCAUUCCCUUGGUGGAAAUAUUCCUCUUGAUCUUGCCCUGGAAUUCCUCAACAGAAUUUUUAAGGAUGCAGUAAAGAAGCUAGGCCCUAAUGCCAACCCAAGAUCAAUAAGCAGGAUUUGUAAUGCCAUGAAUUUUACAAAGAAACUGACAGAAAAUUUUGAUGGUUCCAUGGCACUUUACAAGAGAUCGGGAAAGCAUGCGCGCAAAUCUUGUAGUGCUGAUUUGAAGAAACUUGUCAACGAACUUUUGCUCCAGAAUGCUCUUACAAAAACACCUGGAAGGUCCUAUAGUUUUUAUUCAGGAAUCAAACCAUCCCUCUUAUCCGACUUUGACUUACAAAAAUUUUAUGGCUGGAUCAAUGACCACAAGAAGUAUAUGAUUCUACACAGAAAAGCCAGAUAG